AUGCCUCCCGUUAAAGAUGAAAUGUUGAGGGAAAUUAAUUGUUUAGAUAUUAGCAUUACUGAAAAAAGUCCAGCAAAGAACAGCGCACUUGUCGAUGUAAGAGCCUGUAAUAAACCUGCUUCUAAGGUAUGGUUCCGUGGCGUGAGAAGCUCUAAAUUCCGCCAUGUGUACGGUGUGCCAUUUAAAAGGGAACGUUGUUAUGAUAACAUAAAAAUAACGAGGAAUGCACACGAUUCCAACUUUUGUGCUGUAAACCCCAAGUUUGUUGCGAUUGUUACUGAAGUCGCAGGCGGUGGGGCCUUCCUUGUUCUACCCUUGGACCAUACUGGACGUCUUGAUUUCAACGCUAGCCGUGUAACGGGCCAUAAAGGCCCCGUUUUAGACAUCAAAUGGAACCCGUUCAAUGACAACAUCAUCGCCUCUUGUUCUGAUGACUGCACGGUAAAACUAUGGCACAUCCCAGACGGUGGUCUCUCUAUGCAUUUGACGGACUGGCUGGUAGAGCUACAUGGCCAUAAACGUCGUGUCGCAUAUAUCGAAUGGCAUCCAACUGCUGAGAAUAUACUCCUUAGUGCUGGCUUCGAUUACUUGAUCUUCGUGUGGGAUGUAGGCAAAGGCGAAGCCGUCAAGAUUAUUGACUGCCACAGCGAUGUGAUCUACUGUAUGUCAUUUAAUAGGGAUGGGUCAUUGCUCGCUACCACUUGCAAGGAUAAGAAGUUGAGGGUUAUUGAACCGAGGCGGGGAAUAGUUUUAUCUGAAGGUCAAUGCCACACAGGCACCAAGGCUUCAAAGUGCACCUUCCUCGGCAGCCAAGGGCGUGUACUCACUACCGGCUUCUCCCGGUACAGCGACCGGCAGUAUGCAGUGUGGGAACAGCAUGACCUCAGCAAGCCUUUGGUCUGUGAGAACAUUGACAGCUCUUCGGGAGUCGUCUUUCCCUAUUACGACUACGAUACUAAUAUGGUAUACCUUGCUGGCAAGGGUGAUGGAAACAUUCGGUAUUAUGAAGUGGUAGACGAAGCGCCCUAUGUCCAUUUCCUCAACCAAUUUCUUUCUGGGAACCCACAGCGUGGUCUAGGCUUUGUGCCAAAGCGAGGUGUGAACACAGCUCAAUGUGAAGUGUUCCGUUUCUACAAACUACACACGUCACGUGGAUUGUGCGAACCUAUUUCAAUGAUUGUUCCCAGAAAAUCUGACUGCUUCCAGGAUGAUCUGUACCCGGACACAGCUGCUCCUCAGCCAGCUUUGAGUGCUCGGGACUGGAUGAGCGGCAUGAACGCGCCACCCUUGCUUAUAAGUCUUAAAACAGGUGUAACAAUAUCCACUCACAAGCCGAGAACUAACAACAAAGAUACUCCGGCGCUGCAACCCCAAGAUGCGAACAAUAGGAAGAAGUUCGCGUUCCUCUCACGAGAGACAACUCCCGACUACCGUCCGCUCGGAACCUGGCAGCGAGAAAAUCACGUCAAUGAAACCGAUAACGUGACGGUGGUAACGGAGAAGUCUCAAAAGACGAACGCGAACCAAACCACAAAGUUCCACCAGCUGCAGCGAAUGUUCGGCAAACAACCUGGGGAGCUCGAACCCGUGCCUCUUUACAAGCAGAUCAAUCAUGGCGACGUAUUCACUGAACAUGAGUUGCGUCUCGCAUUUAACCGUCAAGGUGAAGAAUUGCGUAUUGUCAAACGUCAACUUCAAAACAGCCAACAGCGAGUGAGGGAACUCGAGCAACACAUUGCCACACUUCAGGCUAAACUCCCAAAUAACACAUCUUAG